AUGUUCAAAGUUCAUCCGUUAAACAUUUCAUUUCCGUCAAGCAAAAGUCAACCUGGUAAUUCCAGACCUCAGAGCAACGCCCGCAAACACAAAUGGAGGCAAUUUGAAACGCCGCAAGCAAACCCUAGAGAAGGACCGAAGAGUAGAAUUCGGGUCAUGGGCCUGGCCGAUGAAAGAAGCCCAGAAUACAUAAGCCGGGGAAGACGGUGGUGCUUACACAUCUGUCGCAUGGGAGUGUUUGUUUCUGCCUACAAUAAACGUCGUUUGUGUUGUUACGGUUUGUCAAAGGUAGGUGGAGCAGUUGAACAUGAGUUGCUUGCUGUCUUGACUGAAGGAAUGGAGGUAUAUGGCAAAUCUAUGGUUGCAGGUCCUGCAAAUGUUAUUUUUCUGUCGAGUAUUUUGGGCCGAGAUGGUCCAAUUCCUGGUCACAAAUGCGACUGGAAAUGUCAAAAUGAACAUGUUUGUGGAAACAUGUAUCGCUGCAAGCUAACUGGGCUCACUCACAUCUGUGAUAAAAACUGUAACCAGAGAAUUCUGUAUGACAACCACAGCUCCCUUUGUCGAGCUAGUGGUCAAAUUUUCCCCCUUACACCGGCAGAGGAACAGGCCGUGAGAGGUGUUCGAAGGAAGCAUGAUGCGGCGGAGAAUUCACCUACCGAAAGCUGUGGUUUUAAGCGUAGACGAGGGGAUGCCCAAAUCCAUCCUUCUCCCUUUGAGAGAUCUUUCUCUGCUGUCAGUCCUAUCUGCAGCCAAGUUGGAGAUGGCAUGGAUAUGAGCUAG